AUGGUAGAUAAGCACACAGGAUGCCCAAUUCCUGAUGGCUGGGAGUUGAAGAGUGAAAUCCAAAUGGACGGAUCUAAAACCUUGUAUUAUGUGAAUUUGGGAACAGGAAUACAAGUAAACUCAGUGGAAGAUAUGUUUUGUUACAAGAAUAGCAAAUCUGGGGAAAAUAAUCCCAAGCAGAAUUAUGUGAAUUUGGGAACAGGAAUACGAGUAAACUCAGUGGAAGAUAUGUUUCAUUACAAGGAUAGAGAAUCUAGGGAAAAUACUCCCAAGCAGACUGGAGGCCGCACCAAAGUCGGCCAUCAAUUCUGCAGUCGGUGCAAGGAAGUUGGCCACAAUAUCUUCUGCUGCCCCUUAGCGCAACAAGCGGCAAUAGUAAAACCUACUGCUGCUGGGCAACUCGCAAUACUGCACGCAGUGUAG